AUGGAGACAAUUCAUGUUUUAAGGAGACUGAUGGAGAAGUAUAGGGAGCGAAAGAAGGAUUUACAUAUGAUGUUCAUUGACUUGGAGAAAUCAGUGUCGUCCAACAUCCAAAUACCGGUGGGGAUAACAGAGCCUUUUCCGGUUAAAGUUGGGCUACAUCAGGAAUCAACUCUAAACUCGUUCAUUUUUACUAUCAUUAUGGAAGAGAUUUCACAAUCUAAUUGGGAGAUGGUACCAGAGAUUGACGGAGAUGUAAACCAUUGCAUACAGGCGAGUUGGAUCAAGUGGCGUGCAGCCACCGCGGUACUAUGUGAAAGGAAAUUUCCAAGCAGGUUAAAAGGAAAAUUCUACUGGGCGGCUAUCAGACCUGCUCUGCUAUAUGGGAACGAAUGCUGGCCUGUUAAGAAGUCUUUUGAAUAUAAGAUGGAAGUUAAAGAAAUGCGUAUGCUGAGGUGGAUGUGUGGGCACAUAUUGAUGGAUAGAAUUAGAAACCAAGAGUUUAGAGACAAACUAGGAGUAGCCCCUAUUUCAGGAAAAAUGCGCGAAAAUAGAUUGAGAUGGUUUGGACAUGUGCAGAGAAAGACUCUCGCCGCCCCUGUGAGGAGAGUAGAAAGUAUUAUAGUAGAGGGUAAGAGGAGUCGAGGACGACCCAAGAGAACUUGGGACGAAUGGAUAAAAAUCGACUUGCGGGAGCUAAACCUCUCCAAGGGCCUGACUAGGGAUAGAGGUAGUUGGAGGCGUCAUAUCCAUGUUUUAGAUUACUGAUGUCCUCGUAUG